AUGGAUGGUUUAUCCUCGGCGGCAAGCGUUAUUGCAGUCAUUCAAUUAACGGGAAGCCUCGUGAAGCUUUGUGGGAGCUACAUUCACGAGGUGAAGAAUGCGCGAGAUGAAAUUUUGACCCUACAGCGGGCGAUCGCUGGCUUUCAAGGAACCCUCCAAAACCUACAGAAAGUUCUCCAAAGCAACGACAAACGGGCCCUAUCUAUCUCGUCGCAACUAGCCAGCGAUAUUACUGAUUGCCUCUCCGACCUGCGUGCCUUGGACGCGACACUUGAUCCAGGAAAGGGAAAGAAGCUGAUGAGAAAAGUGGGAAUACGAGCCUUAAAAUGGCCCAUGCAACGGGAAGAGGUGGAGGGCGCGAUCCAGAACCUUGAGAGAUAUAAAUCUUCAUUCCUCUUGUCGUUACAAGUGGAUCAAACCUCUCUGAUAGUCGGCCUGGUCCAUGAUACCGAUCGUAUUAGUCAACACAUGGAUCUGGAGAAGUUGAAAGCCGUAAUAGAGGCAGAAUUUGAUUCCUUCUCUGAUCGAAAUGAAGCCCAAUGUCUUCCAGGCACUAGGACCGAGCUCCUUCAGCAGAUAAUGAAAUGGGCUCGAUCGUCAUCCCUAAAAGGCAUCUUCUGGCUGAAGGGGAUGGCUGGGACGGGAAAAUCCACAAUAUCUCGAACUGUGGCAAGGUCGCUUAAGGACACCAAUCAUCUGGGUGCCAGCUUCUUCUUUAAGCGGGGUGAAGGGGAGCGAGGGAACGCGAGCAGGUUUUUCCCAACACUAACAAGGCAACUGAUGCUCCAGAUCUCUGGGCUGAGAUCUGGUGUGCAAAAGGCACUCAAUCACGACCCUGAUAUUGUGUCAAAAUCACUCAGAGAGCAGUUUGAAAAACUACUUUUUCAACCAUUGCUCAAUCUUGACCCACUCAGCCGACAACCUCAAUCCGUCGUGAUAGUAAUUGACGCCUUGGAUGAAUGUGAACACGACCAAGAUGUCCAGAAUAUAAUUCAAUUACUGCCUCUUCUACAGAAGAUAGAAGCAGUGCGACUUCGAAUUUUCGUGACUAGCAGAACCGAACCGCCAAUUUACCGUGCCUUUUCAAAGGUCGCGGAUUAUGAAUAUCAGGACCUAGUUCUUCAUGAGAUACCUGAAGAAGUGACUGAACAUGACAUACAUUUAUUCCUACAGGACCGAUUUGCGAAGAUUAAACACGAUCAAAAUAUUUCGCAAGAUUGGCCUGGCGAUGAUAUCCAAGUAUUGGUCACGAUGUCCGUUCCACUAUUCAUUUCAGCUGCCACAGUGUGCCGUUAUAUCGAGAAUUCAAAAUGGGAACCGAAAUUGCGCCUUACAGAGCUCCUCACGGACCAAGCCAAAUAUGUCUCGAAAAUGGAUAAGACAUAUCUACCGAUUCUAAAUCGACUGCUAGACGACCCAGAAAGUGACGAGUUAGAGCAGCAGCAGCUCCUAAAAGAGUUCCAGACAAUAGUCGGUGUCGUCAUCCUUCUUGCUAUUCCACUUUCUAUCAAUGCGCUGUCGUUAUUCCUCGAAAUAGGAGCAGACCAGAUCAGCUAUCGACUAGACUCAUUCCGAUCUGUUUUGAAUGUUCCCAGUGAUCGAGAUCAGCCAGUGAGGAUUCUACAUCUAUCCUUUCGCGACUUUCUGGUACAGCCCGGAUCUAAGUUUUCUGUAGAUAAAGCACAAAAGCACAGAGACAUCGCUAAGUUGUGUCUUAAGACUAUGCGACGUGGUCUACAGAAAGAUAUCUGCCAUCUAGCAAGCCCUGGAACGCGUAGAGCAGACAUUGACCCUCAACGUAUCCGCCAGUAUCUACCACCGGAAUUACAAUACUCUUGUCGCUACUGGAUAUACCACCUCGAACAAAGUGAUGCCUUAUCUUCCAAAAUGGAAGAUGUGCGACUAUUCCUCCAGAAGCAUUUUCUGCAUUGGGUAGAAGCGAUGACGCUGCUGGGUCUUAUAUCGGAAGUGGUGGGUAUGCUUGAUGCUCUGCACAUGGAUAUACCAGGCGAUGAGAAUUCUGUAUUGUCUGAUUUUGUACACGAUGGAAAGCGCUUUAUUCUUAAAAAUCGCCAGAUAGCCGACGAAGCACCCCUUCAGAUUUAUUGCGCAGGAUUAGUGUUUGCCCCUCGAACGGCAAUAAUUCGUACAGAGUUCGAAGCAGACCUUCCUCGUUGGAUAUGCCAGUUGCCACAGGUUAACGAAAGAUGGAAUGCAGAAUUACAGACUCUCGAGGGUCAUUCCAGCUCGGUUUGGUCAGUGGCCUUCUCACAUGACGGCCGGCUCCUGGCGUCCAGCUCUGAUGACAAGAUAGUGCGGCUCUGGGACACAGCGACAGGUGGUCUGCAGCAGACUCUUAAGGGCCAUUCUGGCUGGGUUCGGUCGGUGGCCUUCUCGCCCGACAGCUGGCUGCUGGCGUCUAGCUCUGAUGAUAAGACAGUGCGGGUCUGGAACACAGCGACUGGUGAUCUGCAGCAGACUCUCGAGGGUCAUUCUGACUGGGUUCGGUCAGUGGCCUUCUCACCCGACGGCUGGCUGCUGGCGUCUAGCUCUGAUGACAAGACAGUACGGCUUUGGGAUACAGCGACAGGUGAUCUGCAGCAGACUCUUGAGGGCCAUUCCGGCUGGGUUCGGUCGGUGGCCUUCUCACCUGAUAGCCGGCUUCUGGCGUCCAGCUCUCUUGAUAAGACAGUGCGGCUUUGGAACACAGCGACAGGUGGUCUGCAGCAGACUCUCGAGGGCCAUUCCAGCUCGGUUCGGUCGGUGGCCUUCUCACCUGACGGCCGGCUGCUGGCGUCCGGCUCUAGUGACAAGACAGUACGGCUCUGGAACACAGCAACAGGUAGUCUGCAGCAAACUCUUGAGAGCCAUUCCGGCUGGGUUCGGUCAGUGGCCUUCUCACCUGACAGCCGGCUACUGGCAUCUGGCUCUGGUGACAAGACAGUGCGGGUCUGGAACACAGCGACAGGUGAUCUGCAGCAGACUCUCGAGGGUCAUUCCGGCUCAGUUCGGUCGGUGGCUUUUUCACCUGACAGCCGGCUCCUGGCGUCCGGCUCUCUUGACAAGAUAGUGCGGCUCUGGGACACAGCGACAGGUGGUCUGCAGCAGACUCUUGAGGGCUAUUCUAGCUCGGUUUUAUCGGUGGCCUUCUCACCUGAUAGCCGGCUUCUAGCGUCCGGCUCUCUUGACAAGACAGUGCGGCUCUGGAACACAGCGACAGGUGGUCUACAGCAGACUCUCGAGGGUCAUUCUAACUCGGUUUGGUCGGUGGCCUUCUCGCCUGAUGGCCAGCUCCUAGCGUCCGGCUCUGAUGACAAGACAGUGCGGCUCUGGAACACAGCGACAGGUGAUCUGCAGCAGACUCUCGAGGGUCAUUCCAACUGGGUUCGGUCAAUGGCUUUUUCGCCUGACGGCCGGUUCCUAGCAUCCGGCUCUGAUGACAAGACAGUACAGCUCUGGAACACAGCGACAGGCGGUCUGCAGCAGACUCUCGAGGGCCAUUCCAGCUCGGUUUUAUCGGUGGCUUUCUCACCUGAUAGCCGGCUUCUAGCGUCCGGCUCUCUUGACAAGACAGUUCGGCUCUGGGACACAGCGACAGGUGGUCUGCAGGAGACCUUGAUCACUGAGGGAGUCGUCACGGAACUCGAAUUUUCUCAAGAUAGUCCAUAUAUCAUCACUAACCUAGGAUCACUUAGGAUGCAAUCCGGGUGCGGCAAUAAUAUCUCCAGUUCACCCGAAAUCAACUCGGAGAUACUUCUGAAAGAGCGGGACUGGGUAACUCUGAAUGGCAAACAAGUAUUAUGGCUUCCUCCUGAGACUAGGCCUUCUUGUUCGGCGAUAAAAUCAAACAUUCUUGCCUUGGGACAUACGUCAGGUCGGGUUUCCUUCAUAGGAUUUCGGGUGUAG